UCUGCGGUUUGCCGUAAUAUGAGUAACGACGGAGGUUUAAGCAUUGGGGCUUUCAAAGUGAACCAACCAUGUGCCUGAAUGAAGUUGGCAGCACCACCCAAACGUCCUGGCGUUUCUCGACAGGAAGCCAGAUAUUAUUUCUUCUGACAGAAAACGACGUACCAAUGCACAGGGGCCAUCCUAGCACCAAUGACACGCUCCUGUUCUGUGCGACUUGGAGUUCCCAAAUGCCAGCGAGCUUGCAGGGAUGCUGCAGAGGGUACGAUUGACAUCAUGUGGCUCCACAUUGAGCACCUCCUUUUCUUUUCUUCUCUGGCUAUGAUGUGUAGACCCGCUUCGUCCCAAGCUCACGAACCCGAGUGAGAACAAGUUUGGAUGCUGCCUCGCUGGCUAGCUGUCAAAAUACGGGUGUUGUCUGUCUCGUCACUGCGUAUCCGGCUGUAAGUGUUUUGACCUCCUUUUCCCAGCAGAUGACGUAGGGAUACAGCCAGCAACGGAGCCAGGCCAGAUACAUACAAUACCGAUGCAUCCGCGCCAGGCCCACGGACGGAGGAGAUCAAACUCAAUUCCCCUUCCAAUCUACCUAACUAGUUAGCUAGCUAGCUAGCGGACAGUCACUUUUUUAGAUGGAUCGGAGUGAGAUCGCGGAUUUGUUGCCCCGAACAGACUUCAGGGAUGGCAUGCAUGAAAUUGGGGGCCUUGGCCGUAAGUUCCCGAGAUCUCAACUUGCAUCUGGAAGGCCUCGCCUCCUGGAUUGGUUGCUGAUGCUCUUCUUGUUCAUGUCGUUCUCCUACGGUCCCUCUGGUUGGGAUCUCGCUUGCUUGCUCUGGCGGGAGACUCCUCUGUCCGGGUACAAUGUCCGGGUUGAUUGCUCGCUCCCACAGCAGCACCAAAGCAUGCCCGGUGGAGUCCUCUGUCAAGUCACUCUUAACCCGUAGCUUGCUGGUACGGAU